AUGGGAGCCUGUUCUGGCAAAUAACCACCUAAAAAAUAGGUUUCUGAACCUAAACCAAUUGUGUAAAUUCAAUCACAAAAGUAAAAUUUUCUUGCCAUUUGGAAUGAACUAAAUUCAUGUCUUAAUCUUGUUGAUAAAAAUAUCGAUAAUGAAAAAACCAUUGCCAAGCUCAAAACUCUAUUUCAAACUAAAGGAACUAUAGAAGAAAUGAUUGUAAAUUAAAGUAAAAGAGGAGGCAGAAAUGUAAAUUAAGAUCCUUUAUAAGACACUGCUUUCUAAUAUAAUCUUUAUUUAUAAGUAGAUAAAAUAAAUAGAAUUCUUUCCGAUUAUCUACUUAUUGAUAGAGCUUUUGAAGUAAAAAAUAAUCAACUUUUUGAUAAAUUGUAAUAAUGUGUUGAUAAAAUUGAAUAAUAUCGAUAAUCAAUAAAGACAAAGCAAGGAAUCUGGAAAUAAAAUCAAAGUACAAACUUUAGUAAUACCAAUGUGUAUUGA